UUUGAUGAAGAUUUAAUUCCCCGGGUUGAUUUGUUAGCUUUGUUGCUAGGAUUGCUCUUGGCUCUUGACCGAUUGCAAUAAUGCCCCCCAAGCAUUGUUGCGAAGAACAUGGGAAAGGUAGGGGCAAUAUGUAUCUCGCCUGAAGGUCCUUUUGGUGAUACGUCAUAUGGAUCGAGUGCAUUUUGUUUUGGUCCCAAAUAUGUCACUCUCCGCCUUUCCCUUAGCUUUGCCUAUCAUUGAAGUUUCGUUUCAUG